AAGAAGCCUCCUAAGCCUCCAGAGACUGCUCACACUAGGCAAGCCCCUCUCCUCCAGGAGCCUAGAUUUGGUGUCCUCCCUCAGCUGUACAGAGGGCAAACUCAAUCCAAUUAUAUGGACUUUGAAGAUAAUGCGUACACAAAUGGGCGGCCCUCUGCCUAUGGUGACUACGUGAGCGAGCACUACCCACCGGCUCAGUUGAUAAUAGGUUUAUGGUAAAAGGCGUGCCAGGGCGUGAAGGUCUUGUGGCCCUUCCACCGCCACCUCCACCACCUAGAGGUGGUACCUUCCAAGAUCUUGCACCAACUAAUGCUGUUCCAGGAGGUGCAGGCUGUGUCCUGAUGGCAUAUGGCCUUGACCCUAACAAAUUUAACCCUGACAAGUUGUUCAAUAUUUUCUGUUUGUAUGGAAAUGUCAUAAGGGUUAAGUUUUUAAAGACGAAAGAAGGAUGAGCAAUGGUACAAAUGGGUGACAACAUUUCAGUUGAAAGGUGUAUAAAUCAUCUAAAGAAUAUGCCACUUUUUGGAGGCACUCUGCAAUUAGGAUAUUCCAAGCAGACAUUUUUGAGUCAAGUUGCACAGCCUUAUAAUUUGCNUCUAGUUAAAAGUUGA